CGGGCCCGGGGAGCCGCGGGCGAGCGGCCGGAGCGAGCCUCGGCCGGUCCCUGGGUCUAAAAAUAAAGGAUCCCUGCUGGAGCAGUGAUUAAGCGCUUGGCUGCUAACUGAAAGGGCAGUAUUUCAAGGAAAAGGUGGCAGCAUUGCUCAUUCCCUGAGAAAUGGGUCCCCUGGCUAAUUCAACAUGCUCCUGAUCUUGGAGACGUGGCAACAUGCAUAGAGCGGGGGAGCUGGGGUGGCGUCGGACGCGGAGCGUGGAGGUCGCCCGGGGGCGCGCGGGAUACGGCUUUACUCUCUCUGGACAGGCGCCCUGUGUGCUCAGCUGUGUCAUGAGGGGCAGUCCUGCGGACUUUGUUGGCCUGCGUGCUGGAGACCAGAUACUGGCUGUCAACGAGAUCAAUGUGAAGAAGGCAUCUCAUGAAGAUGUUGUGAAGCUCAUAGGGAAAUGUUCAGGUGUCCUGCACAUGGUGAUUGGUGAGGGCCUCGGCCACCUGGAGUCCUGCUCCAGUGAUGAGGAGGUUGGGUUUUAUGAAGGAAAGGGCUGGUUCAAGCCCAAGCUUGAUUCCAAAGCGUUAGGUAUAAACAGAGCGGAGAGAGUCGUUGAAGAAGUGCAGUCUGGGGGGAUUUUCAGCAUGAUUUUUGAGACUCCUAGUCUUUGUGCAAGCCCUUCAGAGCCCUUGAAGCCCAAACAAAGAUGCCUUUCAGAGUCGGCUGCAGUGCGACUGGACACUGGACAUGAAACUGUCAAUAAUCCCAACGCUAACAUGCUUUACAAGGAGGAAAUAGCGAAGGUGAUUAACGAUGAUUCAGUUUUCAGCAUUGGACUAGAAAACCAUGACGAUUUUGGAUUAGAUGCGAGCAUUUUAAACGUUGCCAUGGUGGUGGGCUACUUAGGUUCCAUUGAGCUGCCCUCUACCAGCUCCAACCUGGAGUACGACAGCUUGCAGGCCAUCCGGGGCUGCAUGAGGCGCUUGCGGGCAGAGCAGAAGAUCCACUCGUUGGUGACCAUGAAGAUCAUGCACGACUGUGUGCAGCUGUGCACCGACAAGGCUGGUGUGGUGGCGGAGUACCCUGCCGAGAAGCUGGCCUUCAGCGCCCUGUGCCCUGAUGACAGGCGGUUCUUCGGGCUCGUGACCAUGCAGACCAAUGACGAUGGGAGCCUGGCGCAGGAUGAGGAAGGGGUCUUGCGGACUUCCUGCCACGUGUUUAUGGUGGACCCUGACCUGUUCAAUCACAAGAUCCACCAGGGCAUCGCACGGCGGUUUGGGUUUGAGUGUACUGCAGACCCUGACACCAACGGCUGCUUAGAGUUCCCAGCCUCCUCUCUCCCCGUCCUUCAGUUCAUUUCCGUCCUGUACAGAGACAUGGGUGAGCUGAUCGAAGGCAUGCGGGCCCGGGCCUUCCUGGACGGUGAUGCGGACGCCCACCAGAACAACAGCACCAGCAGCAACAGUGACAGCGGCAUCGGGAACUUCAACCAGGAAGAGAAGAGCGCCCGCGUCCUCGUGGUCGACCUGGGUGGGGGCUCCAGCAAGCAUGCCCCCACCAGUGGUGCUGGCUGGGAAGGUGUGGGCGGGAGGGGCCCCCACCCCUGGGCGCCCCCCUGGAACGGCGCCUUCUGCCAUGAUCAGGAGGGGAGCGCCCCCUUCGAGGGCCCCCCACAGACCGACAGGUUCCGAGACUUACAUAAGCAUCUGGGACCCGGACCCCACGUGGAGCUGCCGCCCGCUGCUCUACGGAGCUCUGUCCCCCCUUCCAAGCGGAGCACCGUGGGGACUGGCUGUGGCUUCCACCAGCGGUGGCUCCCAGUCCACGUCCUCCAGGAGUGGCAGUGUGGCCAUGCCAGCGACCAGGACUCCUACACCGACUCCACCGAUGGGUGGUCCAGCGUCAACUGCGGCACGCUGCCCCCGCCCAUGAGUAAGAUCCCGGCCGACCGCUACCGGGUGGAGGGCAGCUUCGCGCAGCCCCCGCUGAGCGCCCAGAAGAGUGAGUGGUCCAGGAAGGCGUUUGGGGUGCCAAACAUUUUUGGCCCUCAUCGAAAUGUCAGAAAGACUAAAGAAGACAAAAAGGGUUCAAAAUUUGGGCGUGGAAUUGGGCUCAUCCAGACUUCUCAGCGGACGUCUCGGAGAUCGUUUGGAAGAUCCAAGAGAUUUAGUAUCACUCGUUCACUGGAUGAUCUUGAGUCUGCAACUGUGUCUGACGGUGAGCUGGACGGCGGUGACCUCAAGGACUGCGUGAGCAACCACAGCCUGAGCAGCAAUGCCAGCCUCCCCAGUGUGCAGAGCUGCCGGCACCUGCGCGCCAGGAGGGUUGCCAGCUGGGCCGUGUCCUUUGAGCGCCUCCUCCAGGACCCUGUGGGCGUUAAGUACUUCUCUGAUUUCCUGAGGAAGGAGUUUAGCGAGGAGAACAUUCUGUUCUGGCAGGCCUGCGAACGUUUCCAUCAUGUCCCUGCGCACGACAAACAAGAGCUCUCCUACAGGGCCCGGGAGAUUUUCAGUAAGUUCCUGUGCAGCAAAGCCACCACCCCCGUCAACAUUGACAGCCAGGCACAGCUGGCGGACGACAUCCUCAACGCCCCGCACCCUGACAUGUUCAAGGAGCAGCAGCUCCAGAUUUUCAACCUGAUGAAGUUCGACAGCUACACGCGUUUCCUGAAGUCGCAGCUGUACCAGGAGUGCAUCCUGGCCGAGGUGGAGGGCCGCUCGCUGCCCGACGCACAGCAGGUGCCCAGCAGCCCAGCCUCCAAGCACAGCGUCGGCUCAGAUCACUCCAACGUCUCCACGCCCAAGAAGUUAAGUGGAAAAUCGAAAUCCGGGAGAUCCCUGAAUGAAGACUUGGGGGAGGAAGACGGUGAGAAGAAACGCAAGGGAGCCUUCUUUUCCUGGUCAAGAAACAGGAGCACGGGGCGGUCCCAGAAGAAAAAGGAGCACAGCGACCCUUCGCACGACCCCCUUCAUGCCAACGGAGGCCUGUGCCGCAGGGAGUCCCGGGGCUCCACGUCCUCUGCAGGGAGCCUGGACCUGACGGAGGCCGGCAGGUCCCCAGCACCCGAGCAGGAGAAGGCCAAGCACUGUCGCGUCCACCUCCCUGAUGGCACAGUCUGCGCAGUGCCCGUCAGGGUGGGCGCCUCCAUCAAAGAGGCCCUGGCUGGACUCUGUGAGCGGCAUGGCAUCAACGGCGCAGCCGUGGACCUCUUCUUGGUCGGUGGAGACAAGCCUCUAGUGCUGCAGCAAGACAGCAGCAUCCUGGAGUCCAGGGACCUGCGCCUGGAGAAGCGCACGCUGUUCCGGCUGGAUCUUGUCCCCAUUAAUCGAUCGGUAGGGCUAAAGGCCAAGCCCACCAAGCCGGUCACGGAGGUGCUGCGGCCGGUGGUAGCCAAGUAUGGCCUGGACCUGCGCGACCUUGCUGUGCGGCUGAGUGGCGAGAAGGAGCUCCUGGACCUCGGCGCCCCCAUCUCCAGUCUGGAUGGGCAGCGGGUCGUCUUGGAAGAGAAGGACCCCUCGAGGGGCAAAGCAUCCACAGAUAAACAGAAAGGUGCGUCAGGCAAACACAGUAUAGCGGUAAAUUCCAGUUCCAGAAGCCACGCGGCUACGGGAGAGCAGAGGACGCUAGGCAAGUCUAACUCUAUUAAGAUAAAAGGCGAAAACGGAAAAAAUGCUAGGGAUCCCCGGCUUUCAAAGAGAGAAGAAUCUAUUGCAAAGAUUGGGAAAAAAAAAUAUCAGAAAAUUAAUUUGGACGAAGCAGAGGAGUUUUUUGAGCUUAUUUCCAAAGCUCAGAGCAACCGAGCAGAUGACCAGCGCGGGCUGCUGAGGAAGGAGGACCUGGUACUGCCUGAGUUCCUCCGCUUGCCACCUGGCUCAACAGGACUCGCGCUCUCCACCCCUGCCGCAGCCAAGGGCAUUAGCAAGAGACUGGGGAAGAGCCACAGCCAGGACAGCGCUCUGCCGCCCGGGGAGAGAUGGGAGGCCCAGGACCGAGGCGAGAGCUCUGCAGCCAGCCCCAGCUCAGCCAGCAGCCAGCCUAGGUCCCCCGCAGCCACGUCGCCUGGGCAGAAGCCCCCUGCUGGGCCCCUCCCCAGUCCUUGGGCCCCCCACCCCGCUGCGCAAGAAGGAGCCUCGAAGACCUGGAGGCGGCAGCCGAGGGAGGUGGAGGGCGUGCAGACCCUGGAGGAGGACCCUACAGCCGACCUGACGCUUGUUGGGGAGGGGGACAUCAGCAGCCCCAACAGCAGCCUGCUGCCACCACUGCCCACCCCACCAGCCAGCGCCCACCAUGCGCCCCCAACCCCACUGCUGGACACGCAGGACACGCCAGGACUGCAGAGACCAGGAGGCGGGGCCCGCAGCUGCCAAGGCCUCCCAGUCAAGCGGGUAAUCGACGUGGACUGUGUCACCAGCCCGGCGUCCACACUGGACGGCAGUGUCCUGGGAGUACAGACGGGCCCUGGACGAUCCUGGGCCGGUGGACUCCUGGUGUCAGAACCCCCCAGUCUGGCCCCCACCCCAGGGGAGCUGGCCAAGGCUGUGGUCACCCAGCACCAUGCCACCUUCGUCUGAGGCCGACCCCAGUCCCCUGCAGGCCCUGAGGAUGAGCUCUCUCGUGGACACGCGUGUGGAGGCCCCUGAAGGAUGCGUCCCUGAGAGCCUCAGAGGGGGCCCACCUCUGCUGUCACACCAUCAGGAGCCAAACCAGGAGAGGGCAGAGGGGACCAGCCUGGACUUACACCUCGGCCUCCAGCCCUUGCUCAAUAAAAGCAUUUUGGGGACCACCAAGCGUCAGGCCUUGGCUGGAGGUGCUGGGGACACAGACCAUGCCCCUCAGAUGCUGAGCACACAAAGAUGCUCCAGGGGUGGAGGUGCCUGGGAGCAGGCGGACUCUUAGUGACAAGGACCAGGGUGAUGUAGCUGGGGGUGG